UGGUCAACAUACACUCACACGAAUUCUCCGCUCUCAUUCCGCGCUCGAACCUCUUCGGACUCAGAAAUUCAAUAGCAAAGCUACUAGCCUUAAAGUUAGGCGCGACACGAACCCCGCACCACCAUGUCAAGCGGGCAGCUGAAGGCGGAGAAGGACUUCUCGAAGGAGGUAGACAAGCUCCUUCCAGAGGCCGAGGAGCUUGGUUCAAGCAACCCGCAAGCUGCUAUUGAGAAGCUCUUGCCGCUCGAAAAGCAGACCCGCCAGGCUUCCGAUCUUGCGUCGACCUCGCGUAUCCUCGUGGCCAUAUGUACAAUAGCGAAAAACGCCGGUGACUGGAGCUUGUUGAACGAGCAGGUGCUUCUGCUCUCCAAGAAACAUGGACAGCUCAAACAGGCUAUCACCAAGAUGGUGCAAGUGGUUAUGGGAUUCCUGAAUGACACUCCGGAUUUGGAAACUAAGCUGUCCGUCAUUGAGACCUUGCGCACGGUCACUGAGGGCAAGAUAUUUGUCGAAGUUGAGCGGGCUCGCGUCACCCGGAUUCUCUCGGAUAUCAAGAAGGAGCAAGGCGACAUCAAUGCGGCGACAGACAUUCUUUGCGAGCUCCAGGUGGAGACGUUCGGAUCCAUGACCCGCCGCGAGAAGACCGAGUUCAUACUGCAGCAGGUGGCGCUUUGCAUAGAGAAGGGUGAUUGGACACAGGCGGGUAUUUUGAGCAGGAAGAUCAGCACACGGUACUUUGCCCGGCAGCCCAAGAAGACGCCGGAGCAGCUGGAGAAGGAGCGGAAGGAGCGCGAGGAGAAGGAGAAGACAAGGAGCGUGGAUGAACCGCCGCCAGAGCCAGAAGAUGAUGUGACAGACCUGAAGCUCAAGUACUACGAGCAGCAGAUCACGCUAGCCAAGCAUGAGGACAAAUAUCUCGACGUCUGCAAGCAUUACCGGCAAGUUCUGGAUACUGAAGCCGUUGAAGAAGAUCCGAAGAAGUUGCGGGUGAUACUUCAACGGGUCAUCUACUUCAUCAUCCUCGCCCCGUACGAUAAUGAGCAGUCUGAUCUGAUCCACCGCAUCUACAGAGACUCGCGCAAUCUGCAAGUCCCGGAAGAGGCAAAACUCCUGAAGCUUUUCACGGUGCCUGAGCUCAUGAGAUGGCCGGUGAUCGCACAGAAAUUCGGCCCUCAUUUAACCGAAACGGAUGUUUUCGACGCCGAAAAAGACGACUCGGACGACCCGAAGGCAUUCCAGAGGUGGCAAGAUCUUCGCAAGCGUGUGAUUGAGCAUAACAUCCGGGUCGUCGCCAAAUACUACACCCGCAUCCAGAUCCCCCGCCUCACUGAGCAUUUGGAUCUUCCGGAGGACGAGACGGAGAAGUAUAUUAGUGACCUGGUCACUGCAAAGACCAUCUACGCCAAGAUCGACCGACCAGCACGGAUUGUCAGCUUUGCCAAGCCUAGGGAUGCGGAUGAUGUCUUGAAUGAGUGGAGCGCCAACAUGAAGAGCUUGCUUGGCCACUUGGAGCGGAUUGACCACCUCAUCACCAAGGAAGAGAUGAUGGCGCGGAUACAGCCGACGGUAGCGAAGGCGAAGGCGAAGGCAAAAUGAGGUGCGCCUAGGGAAAUAGGAAAAGGUCGGCACCCGGAAAGCUAAAGAUAGAGAUAGAGGCAUACCCCUCUAGCUUUUGAAAGCGUAUGUAAUAUAGAUAUGAGCAUGUGCUUGUCUAUGUCUAUCUGGCUCAUAUGCAAUGCCGUCUAACCAACGAAUGCAGCGUCUACAAGGGUAUUC